AUGACGAGAUCAUUCUCUCCGGUGGUGUCUCUCUUCUUAUUACUACUGCAAACGAUAUGUUCAGCCACUGUGGAAAACGCAGCGGAUUGUGCGGCGGUGGGAACGCUGAUAUCGUCGUGCACAGAGUUUGUGAACUACGGGUAUCCGGAUCCGAUACCAGGGUCGAGUUGCUGCGACGCGAUGACUGUGAUCGGAACUUACUCUGAUUCGUCGGAGAAGAGAAAGUGGCUGUGUAACUGCUUCAUGGAUCUCAUCAAUGUCUAUAACUCUAACGCCACCGCCAUUUCUACUUUGUCUGGCUUCUGCGGCGUCGUUUUGGGCUUCACCAUCGACCCUAACACCGACUGCAACUUCAUUCAAUGAAAAUUCAAGGCUCAGUGUCAGUGGAUUCCAAAACGGCCUCACAUAUAGAUAAGGUGGAUUCCAAAAUUUGUACUACAAAAUUAUGAAUGCUUAUCUGAAACAAAUCUGUAUUAAACUCUUGAUAAAACCAG